ACAAUGUUGAUAAUUUGAUAUUGUUUAAGUUCUCUGUGCCGUACACAGCAUUUGACUAUUUUUAAGGUAUUGAAUUAGAUAUUUCGAGCAUUGCUUUAUAGUUUAUGAUGUCCAAAACAGAGGCCCAAUUUAGAUUCUCGGAAGAUGAAUUCGGAAAACGCUUUGAUCGUUGUGUUACUGAUGCUUUAAUAAAAGGAUCCAGCGGAUUUCUAAUUGGAUCAGUUUUUUCACUUUUAUUUUUGAAAAGACGAGUGUGGCCGACUCUAGUUGCGACUGGUUUUGGAGUUGGAGUCGCUUAUAGAGCAUGUGAAAAAGAUUUAAAUUCAUAAAUGGAUUUCCGGGUUAUGCAUCAUUUAUUUACCAAAUAAAAACGAAGAAAUAGUUUAUUAUGUCUUGCAAUAAUUUUAAUUAUGAUUAUUUUAAUUAUAAUUCUUGUUUAUGCAGAGGCCUACGGCAACAAAAUUGAUCAUCAUUUUGAACUCUCAGUGUAAAGUGGAAAAACAAUUUUGAAUUAAUUACAUAUGUAAACUCAUAAUAAUCACUUCACGAUAAACGGCUUUAAGUAACUUAUUAUUGAAAUAAAUUUUGUCAUAAGAA